AUGAGUUUGGUAGAAAAAGAGGUUUACACUAAGAUCAACCUGAUAUACACUUUAUUAGGUCAAAAUAGAUUUAAUCCCCCUACUUUUAAUAGGAAUAAUGCUCAAAAAAUAUUUUCUAACAUUAGAAGUAAUACACAGCUAAGUUUAAGUGAUGACGACGAAGAAGAAGGGGAAGAAAAAGAGAAAUCAAUAGAAGCUUCUCACAAUAAUAAAAAACUGGCUAACAAUUAUGGCGGCAACUUGAAAUGUGAUUUCGAUAAAGAUGAUCUUGAAAUAGUGCUAAGCUGGAUGGACCCUAACGAUGGAGCAUCUUUUCAUAAUUUCAAACCACCCUCUUUGAGAAUCAAACAAUCAAUAAAUAAAAUAUUUUCUACUGGUGCUGCUAUUGAACAAUUAAUUUUAAAUAUAUAUUUUAUUAGGGUACGCCAACAUUUUUUUUCACAUUAUGAUAAAAUUCAAACUCUAAGACAAGCUUUCAAGCUAGAAUCACUAUAUACAUUUCCUUCAAAGUAUUGCUUUCUGACCUUUCAUAAUUUAUUCAAGUCUGAGAUUUUGGUGUUGAGAAAAUAUUUAAUAAACAAAAAUGCCCUUUUCUGGAAAAAUUUACGUAUUCUUUUGCAAAAUUAUAAUAAAGAAGAUGAAUUCAAUCAGUUGGAAAAAGUGUUUCAAUGGAUUAAUAAUGUUACUGAAAGUAGAACUUUGAUUGUAGAUUUUUUGAUGGAAAAAAUUGGACAAAUUGUUCAUGAUUUUUGUAAGGAUGAAAAAUCAUGGUAUCAGGAUAAUGUGACUUUGCAGAUAUAUGAGAUUUUUAUUGAAAAUUAUUGGAACGUUGUAUAUAAACAUCUUUUAAACAUCAAGGAUAAUAAUACUGAAGAGUAUGAAUUUAUUAAAGAGAUUAAGUUAUUGAUCAUAAAACACUAUGCCAAUGAAAGAGCAUUACAAAGCUUUCAAUUAUGUGUAGAGAGUUUUCCCAAGACUUUGCCAUCGCUAUGGGAGUUAAGUCUAAUUUUAGAGCCGUAUCCUAAUUUAAAAUAUAAAUUUGGGCUAGAAUUGAGCAAACAAAUAAAUAAGAACUUAUUAUUUGUGACAGUCCCUACUACUACAAUAUUAUACUCUUAUUUGCUUUUAUUUAAGGCAAUUUUAUUUUUGGAUAGAUCCACUACAAUGGCAAAAACAGUAUUAUCCAAAACAGCCAGUUUUUUGAGAGAUAGAUUAGAUAUAAGUAAAAUUCUGUUAUAUUCGUUAUUUGAAUUAACACCAAAAGAAAUAGCAGCAAUUAAUAGUAAUAAUAGUAAUGGAGGGACGGCAUCUAUUUCAACAAACAAUAACGCUUUACAAGAAGAUUAUGAAAUUUUGACUAAAAUAAAUAAAGAAUUGAAGGCGAGUUUGUUUAUAAAAUAUGCUAAAGAUACGAAUAAUGGUGAUGUUAGUACAAGUGUUGAACAGCGAAGGGGUGGUUGGUUUUAUGAUAGAUAUAUUUCAUGGUCACCAGAGCCCAUUCAGUCUGUUUUUGGUUUGGACAAUCAUGGUGCGAUUAGCGAUGUGGGUUUAUCAUUUGAUUCCCAUAUUAUGACUGGGGUAGCUUCUCGAUCCUUUACCAAUACUGAAGAUGGCAAUAAUAAUAUCAAAAAAGUUAAAGAUGGAUUUGAUGCGGUAUUGGAUAUUAUAUUUCGUAAUAAUAAAAAUAAAUUGAUGCACGAUGUGACUGAAAUAUUUAAACAAAUAUUGUUAAAUUUGAAAUAUUAUAAGUUGGAUAUAAAAUGGAUUAAAAAUAUGGUGUAUUUGAAAAAUAAAUUGAAAAAACAGAAUUUUGGAAAAUCAUCAUUGGCAACAACAGGAACCACAACAAGAACAACAGCAGCAGCAGCAGCAGCAGCAGCGAAAAGGAAUAAUACUUUAGAAAACGUUGAGAAUGAUGUAGAUGGGGUGUCAACUACUAACUUAGAUGUUAUGUUUCAUGAUAUUAAGCAGAGCGAAAUCAUGUAUCACCAGGGAAUAGUGAAUGAUUCCUCCCCGUUAGUGCCUAAAAUAAUUUCCUAUUUAUACUGGGAUAUGAACAGUGAUACUGGCGAUGGGGAUAGUUUGUCCGAUGUGAUUUUGCCUGAUUGGCUUAAUGCCGAAUUGUAUGAUUUAAAUAAAAGAUUCCAUACAUUUAAACACGGUAGAAAAUUAAGAAUGUAUAGUGACAAAGGGACUGUUGACGUAAAUAUUACAUUUCAAGAUGGUAGAUUUUUAAAGCUGAAUAUACCACUUCCUGUUUUUUUAGUUUUAAACUGUUUCUCGUCCAAUGACAUUCAGGAUGUCGUUUCAAACACAAUAAAUGACAUUGUGAAGACGACCCACUUGAAGGAGCAGCUAGUUACCUAUGCAAUAAAAUAUCUAGUAAAGAUUGGUAUUUUAUAUUACAAUAACUCUUUAAAAAAAUAUGCUAUAUUGGAAAAUCUAAAGGAUUUGGAUAAAUUCCAAAAUCAUUAUAAUACUUCUUUGGGAAGCAGUGAUUUAGAUGUGUCUAUUAAAAAUGGUAAACCGAAUGGAGGAAAAGAUCUACUUUUGGAAACAAAUGAAGAAACUGGUGGUGGUUCAGAGACUGACGAAUUAAUCAAUAAUAUGAAUAAAGUUUAUCCGUUUAUUCAAGGUAUGUUAACUAAUUUGGGUUCUUUAAAGCCUGAUAAAAUACAUUCAUUUUUGAGAAUGGCAGUUCCAAAAGAUAUUGGUUAUAAUUAUACAGUUUCUCAGUUAGAAUUAUAUUUAAACCACUUAGUUGACGAGGAAAAAUUAACAAUUAACACCAAUGGUACAUAUAAAUUAAAUAAGUAA